AUGGACGAGUUUUCCUUUCCAUUUCCUCCCUACGACAUACAGUUGAAUCUUAUGAGGGAGAUCAGUCAGUGCAUUGAGAACCGACAGGUUGGUAUUUUCGAAUCUCCUACGGGUACAGGAAAAUCGUUGAGCGUCUUGUGCGCAACGAUGACUUGGUUAGAGGAGUUUGAACGAAAGACGGAGGAACGACUGCGAAGUGAUGCAAAUCUGAAAGAGGAUGUCGAAGAAGAGGGUAAAUUUUGA